UAUUAAAUGAACAAUAUAAGAUGUUUCUAUGGUCGUUGCAUAAUAACACCGCCCUCUUGGUUUUGGUGCAGCACUCGUUUCAGUUGCAGGAGGAUCUUGAUCAUGUUUCUUGGAGGCAGACAUUAUGCAAUGUCAUAACACAGCGGUGAUUGUUCCCCUGCACAUCGUGGAGUGUCCCGCUGGAGCAACAGGAAAACAUCCCCCUCCUCCUCCUCCUGCAGGGUCACAGCAGCCCCCAGCCCGGGCUUUAAAACCAAGCUGCAGCCAGAUCUCAUAGCACCUCCUCCUCCUCCUCCGUCCUCUUCCUCUUCCACCCUCCCACCUCUACCCGUCCUCCUCCCCUCCCUCCGUCCUCUUCAGCCGAGGAGCGUCACCGUCGGUCUCCUGGAUGCGUCCAGCCGGAUCUCGCCCUCCUUGCUCACUGUGAUUUAUUCUGCGCUGUUUGGAGCUGGUUAAAACCAAACAGAGGAAGGUUUCUCUCCAGCCAUGCAGAAGGUGGAAGGACGGGUAACUCCGGUCAACCUGCCUUCUUCCAGGGGCCCGAGCGCCCCGGGGUCUCCUGCCACGGGCAUCAUGGCCCGAGUGAACGACCAGGUGGUGGGCUACAGAGACCUGGCAGCUCUGCCCAGAGAUAAAGCCAUCCUGCAGGUGGAGAGACCAGACCUGAUGACCUACCAACCACACCUGACCUUCUCCCCGCUCGACCCGCCGCGCAGAGAGCGAUCUCUCUCUCCUCCCUCCACAUCUCCCACCAUGUCUCCUGAGGUGAAGGGACGCAGAGCAGAGAGUGACAGUGGUUCUCCUGGAGGAUCAACGCUGCAGCUCAACGCUGGACGCAAGAUCAGCACCAGCCUGCAGCAUUUCCACAGACCAGAUAAUGGAACCAACAUCUACAGGAAACCUCCCAACUACAAACAGGAUGGUAAACAUGUGGAGGGCAGCGGAGUCAUCCAGUCCGCAAAGUUUCCUGCAGCUCAGCCUCCGGAUCCCAACCAGCCCUCCAAGAUAGAGACGGAGUACUGGCCCUGCCCCCCCUCGCUGGCAGCCAUGGAGAUCGAGUGGAGGAAGAAGAAGGAGCUGCCGGAGGAAGAUGAGUUUGAGGACCUGACAGAAGAGGCCAAGACGCUGCAGGAGCAGGAGCUGGAGAAGAUCAAGUCCAACCUGGGCCGUCUGAUCCUGAAGGAGGAGAAAGAGAAAGCCGUUUAUCGGAGGAAGACACAGUCGCUGCCCGACAGAACACACAUGCACACCAGUUUGUCAGCGAGUGCAUCAAAGUCUCCUUCACGUUCAGGCUCAGGCUUGACCAGAAUGCAGUCUGCAGAGUUCUCCACAGACGGAGACAAAGGACCAUCAGCUGCUCAGAACGGAGAAGCUCGCAGGGAGAGGAUGGACAGAGGAAACUCUCUGCCGAGCAUCCUGGAGCAGAAGGUCUAUCCCUAUGAAGCGCUGGUUGUGACCCACAGAGGGCGCUGUAAGCUGCCGCCAGGAGUGGACCGCACUCGACUGGAGAGACACCUGGAUCCCGAGCAGUUCGAGCAGGUGUUCGGGAUGCCGAUGGCCGAGUUCGACCGCCUCUCUUUAUGGAAACGAAAUGAACUGAAGAAGAAAGCCUCACUUUUCUAACAGGAAGUGACAUCGUCCCCGACUAAUACUUGACGAAGCACCUGCUUUGAAAGGAGGAGGAGGAGGAGG